AUGGCCCUAGCUGCGCUUCUGGCCUCUGAUUCUAUUCCGAUACUCGAAGUCUAUUGGGUCAGGCGAACGUUUUAUGGGCACGCUGUUCUCUUUGUGGGAGGAGUAGGAAUUCCUCAUUGCGACGAUUUCCCGCAUAAUACCCGCCAUAAUGGGCCGCACAUAAUUGAAAGUUAUUUGAUGGCUUCUUCUGCAUCGACGGCCUGGGAUCCGCUCGUAAAAUCAAGUGCCCAGCAAUCCGAGUUGCCGGCUGUCGAGAUUGGAUACUCGUUCGUACCCACGGGGGGCAGUCAAAUGCACCUGCUGACCACUGAAGCUUAAGAAAUACCAUUUCAUUUCAUUCUCCAUUGUGAAUCGAGU